AUGAAUACGGAGGAGUUCCGGAAGUACGGGAAACAGAUGAUCGACUACAUCUGUGACUAUGGGCAGACGAUCGAUACGCGCGAUGUCGCCCCGACGGUGGAUCCUGGCUUCCUGCGUAAACUAUUGCCAGACGAAGCGCCGCAGAAGGGUGAAGAUUUCAAGCGCAUGCUAGAUGACGUCGAGACGAAGAUCAUGCCCAAUAUGGUGCACUGGAAUCAUCCGCGCUUUUUCGCCUACUUUCCGGCCGGCAACUCGUAUCCUUCGAUUCUCGGUGACAUGCUGAGCAGUGCCAUCGGGUCAAUAGGUUUCUCCUGGGCAUCCAGCCCGGCCGCAACCGAGCUCGAAACGAUCGUCCUCGAUUGGUACGCGAAAGCACUCGAUCUGCCGUGCUUCUUCCGUAGCGACGCGAAAGGUUCGCGGGGCGGUGGCGUACUGCAAGGAUCGGCGUCCGAGUGUGCACUCGUCUGCAUGAUGGCAGCACGGGCCCGCGCCAUCAAAGAGCUGAAGGGAAAUCACGUCGAUGUGCACGACAGCGUCUAUCUGCCGCAGCUGGUCGCGUACGCCUCCAAGGAGGCGCACUCAUCGAUCGAGAAGGCGGCCAAGAUGGCGAUCGUGAAGUUGCGCGCACUGGACACCGACAGCCGGGGUGUGUUCCGGGGCGAUACACUCCGCCAAGCGAUCCAGGAAGAUUUGGCGCAAGGAUUGACACCGUUCUUCGUGGUUGCAACCGUCGGUACCACGUCCGCAUGCGUCUUCGACAAUCUCGUCGAGAUCGGGCAGGUGUGUCGCGAGGUGCGUAGCAUCUGGUUCCACGUGGAUGGUGCGUAUGCGGGCAAUUCCUUCAUCCUGCCCGAGAUGCGCCGCUUCAAGGAGGGUCUGGAGUAUGCCGAUUCGUUCAACACCAACCCAAACAAGCUGCUGCUGACAAACUUCGACUGUUCGGCCAUGUGGGUGAAGGACGUCAAAUCACUCACGACAGCACUGGCCGUGGAUCCGCUUUAUCUGCAGCAUGAUCAUAGCAGUGCGAUCGACUACCGGCACUAUGGAAUUCCUCUCAGCAGACGCUUCCGGGCAUUGAAGUUGUGGUUCGUGUUCCGCUCGUACGGUAUCGUUGGGCUGCAGAAAUACAUUCGCAACCACAUAGCGCUGGCAAAGCGCUUCGAGUCCCUGGUUAGCUCGGACGAUCGGUUUGAGGUGCGCAACGACGUAAAUCUGGGACUCGUCUGUUUCCGACUAAAACAACAGGAUCGCAUCAACCGGGAUCUACUGGCGAGGAUUAACCAGUCAGGCAAAUUCCACAUGACUCCCGCGAUGGUGCGGGGCAAAUACAUAAUUCGUUUCUGUGUAACAUACGAACACGCGACCGAGGAGCAUAUAGAUUACGCAUGGGAGGAAAUUAAAAAUUACGCCGAAGAAACGCUGGCUGCCGAAUGUCCGGAAGAAAUCAGUGAGCCUGUUCCAGCGACGAAAAAGCCGCCGAAGAAGCUUACCCGCAGCAUGUCCACGCGAUUCUCCUUCACGCGCAGUGUUUCACGGGAGAUUUUCGAACGACAAAACAGCCGCUCUCAACUUACGGACGGAUGCACACCGAUCGUCAUCAUCGACACCGAUGACAUCCUGGAGAGUUUACAGCGCGCCUCGAGGAUGAACGGUGAGCGAAGUUCGAACGACACGUACGACACAGACAGCACGGACGAGGCCAGCAAUUGA